AUGAACCCGACCAACCAAUAUCCGAUCGACGCCUGGCUGUCAAACGUGCAGGAGGAUGAGCCAGUGGACCACUGGCCACCAUCUCCGAGUCCAGGCAUUGCUCUGCCAGAACUGUCCAACGAGCUCACCACUCCAUACAGAAUGCGCUUGUGUAGUGUACAGCGUGGUUCCAAUAGUCGUGCUCGAGUUUACAAAUCUUCGAUCUCUCAGGGAGGCCAGAACACAGAAAAGCCUCGAAGACAGGACUAUGGACUGAAACCCAGACACAAGACCCGGGAAGACCGGUACGAGUACAAAGCCCCCACCUCGGCAGCAAAGCGUGCAUCGGAGACAGAGAGACCCAGAACGAAGCGACAGCGUCGAGGCAGAAAACACACCCUGAACGAUGAUUUUCAAGCGGCCAACGUCGUUCAUUCGCGGCUGACGCUCCAUCAAGUUCCGAACAUGGGAUUUUUCAAUAAGGGAAAGACAUCAUCACCAGUCAACCUUCGGUCUGCCCUCGGGACAAUGACGUUUUCCGAGACAAAUUUCCUGGCACCAGGGAAAGACCAUGGAACGAAAACGAUGCGUUCUGACCGGUCGAUGCAGGGGAAGGAAAAAGGGAAUGCCAUUCAAGAUGCCUGUUCCGGCAAUCUCCACACCGGGUUGGAUAGUGCAUCGCACAGUACCCAAGGCUCCGCAUUACAGGACCAUCUGCUCAACGUUCUGCGCCGUGGUCUGGAUAUCUCCGGUGUCAAAGAGCAAAACCCACUACUGCAUGCCUCAAGAGGGUACCUGGAUCUCGAUCACCUGAAGGAGAUAAUGGAAGAGAGACAAAGGAAUUGGAAGCCAACUUCUAGCCAAGAUGGCCCAAGAGCCAGAGGCCAGAUGGUUCCCAGUAAAAGCAGGCUUUCCUCCAUCCGUUCCUGUGAAACUGUUUCGACUUGGGUUUUUCGUGCCGAACGAACUAACCAAACUAAUGUCACUCCUGGAGAAGCUUCAGGAGCAGACCAAACCGAUUAUAUCGACACUCGGCAAAUUCGCGGUGUUGAGGGAGAGCACAAUCUGCCCGAACCAAGGUUUGCAAUUGACACUCAUCGAGAUGUGCAAAAAGGGCCACAAAACCCGCAGGACUGUAAACAAGGGCCAGAAAGGAUAUUGAACAGCACAAAGGAAAGAUAUUUCUCCUGGAGAGUACUCGACACUUUCGGAGACCUCGCUGUCAACGUGGACCGCCCAAGUGGCUCUCCGCACCUGACAUAUUCUCAUCGGGGAGAGAUCGGAGACCUUCGAUCAUCUUCAUUUUCCCGUUUUUCCAACCCGCCAUUAAGAGCAGAGGUGGCUGACCUCAUUCUCAAUAAUGCCGAUGAAGCGUUCUCGCAUACCCUCGAUAUGGCCUACGCAAUGGUGAACUCUGAGCACACUGACCAUGGGGUCUCUCGCCGCGACCUCGGCGUAAGUGAUACCUUGCCCCAGGCCCAAGACUUGGCGAGAUAUGAUCCUCCAGAAGCAGCACUUCUUGGCUUGCUUGACACAUCACGAACUGGGCAGGUAGCCCUCAUGAACUUGGGUUAUUCGACCCUGCUUUCCCCAUAUGACCAUGUCAAAUAUGCCAUUGAACCGGAUGAAGCGAACCGUCUUCACGGGCAGGUGCCCUUAGAUUAUGGGGGACAUGAAGAGGUAGUGAGAACGUCGUGGCGGUGGCGUCGAAAUCAACUAUACUGA